UUCAGUCUUUCGUUUGCUUCUCCGGGGAGUGUUGCGACCGCAGGCGGCACAUUACCAUUUUCCACACCAACGCGGCAAGCACCAGAUUUUCUUUCUUUCGGUUUGUUCUUCUUUCCUACGUGUUUUGCUCAGCCGCUUUUAUACUAGUUUUAAUACAACUACUAACCCAAUGGCAAUAUGCUGUCCUACGACCUAAAUGAACGCCUGCUGACUGCGGUCCAGAGGGGGGACUUCGAGCAGGCGCUUGGCUGCAUCAUGCAGGGCGCCCAGGCCUCAUAUGUCUCACCCAGUUGCGGACGCACAGCCGUGGGCACGGCCGCCAUCCUGGGCGAUGCCGAGCUGCUGGAGCUCCUAGUGCAGUCCUGCGAGGAGCCGGAGCUGGAUGUCUUCCAUCAGUCUCACACGGAUAAUCUGGAGAUUGAACGCACCCCCGAAGGUAUGGACAAGCUGGAGUGGGUGGACGAGUUCGAAAAUUGCUCGGAAAAUGGAGUUGGCUCCGGCGGAGAGGAUGGCCAGCUAUAUCAGUAUUAUGCCAAGACUUUUGAAAAUACCGGUGAGUUUCUAUCCCAGUGCUGUGUCUCUUGCCGGGAACAGGAUCCUCAUCUCUACGACGCCGAUCUGGCCACGCCCCUCCAUUACGCUGCCUGUUGGGGUCACGAGGAGUGCGUUCGGAUUCUCCUGGAGCAUAAUGCCCCUAUUAAUGUGGUGAAUAGCGAAGGAUAUGCUCCGCUGCAUGUGGGCGCAGGAUUUGCCGGGGUCACUCAGCUACUGAUCAAGCACGGAGCUCUAGUGAAUGCCAAGACGUUGAGUGAUGGCAAGACCGCCCUCCAUGUGGCCAUCGAGAGUAAAUCCGAGGAGUCUGCCCGGCUGCUUCUCCAGACGAAUAUCAAUAUCAACGAUACGGAUGACGAGGGGGAGACCCCGCUUAUGACGGCUAUAGCCUGCAGCAUGGUCGACCUGGCCCAGGAGCUGGUGGAGAGAGGAGCCCGCAUUAACCUCCAGGAUAAGCAGAAUAACACAGCUCUGCUGUACGCAGUGAGGGGUCGCCAUGGAGAUAUAGCCAAGCUGCUGCUGGAGCGCGGAGCUCGCCGACUGGCCUCUCAGCAUCUCCUGCACAUCGCGGUGAGCUUCAACGACCGGACAAUGGUCCAGCUCCUGUUGCAGUACGGGGAGAGCUUGACGGUCCGUGACGAGGACAACCAUACACCCAUUAUGUCGGCUAUUCACAUGCAGCUGCCGGAUAUGAUAGAGGAUCUCCUUACCGCCGCCGAGGAGCAUAGGCGAUUGGGUCUCUAUUCGGAUGCCCAGGACGAGGGCUUAGUGUUAUUUGCCGUGCAACAGGUCGUGAGCGUGGAUAGGUUCCGCAGAGUACUUCGCGUCUUGCUGGCCAAGUUAGCGAGUGCUAGAAGGGAUUUGUACAGCUCUUGCACUCCCACCAUCGUUUGCGGACUGAUGUACUGCCAAACGCCGUUGUCGAGGGCCAUUAACCUGCACCGCCUGAUACUGGCAGAGUUCCUGAUCCACGAGGGAUGCAACCUGGCCCAGAUCUGUCGGGAGCAUGUGGUCAACGAACUGAGAGCCAACUGUUCUCCAUCAAGUCUGGCUUUUGAAAAUUGCAAUGCCGGAUUCCAGUUUCCUCACAAACAUCGAGCCUCGCCUCCAGAUUGGCCGCCAGCUCGCCAAGAAUUCGAACGGCAAAUGACAAUUUUGGGAACGCAGCCGCGAUCUUUGAAGUCCAUUUCUCGCUUGGUGAUUCGACGGCAAAUCCUGAAAACUGUUCAAUCUCGUCCCGAUAUUCAGCACAAGUACCUCCCAAAUCAGGAACGCUCUUCGCUGGGAAGGAUCGUGGACGAGUUCGCUAUACCCGCCACUCUUAAACUCUACCUCAGCGACUUUUCCGAGCUACCUUCGGUAGGGGGAUCGGAACCAGUCGUAAUUCCUGGAAUAAGAUGCUCCGAGUCGUGGGAUUGAUUGCGCUUUAGGAAUUUAUUCAGAUUAUAUAGGUUACAUGUAUAGAUAAUAGUAUGUAGUAUGUAGCAUAGGUUUUUAAUAUUGGCUGAAUGAGUGUGAAAAUAGA